CAGGAAUUGGCUGCCCGGGCCGCCGCAUGGCGCGCCCCGCCCUCCUUGGCAGCGCCCGCGCCAUUCGCAGGCGGCGGUCGCAGCCUCCGCGCUGCUCUGCGGGCGCUCCGCGCAGGCCGUGGCGGCAGGGGCCACGCCUGGCGCGCUCGUGGCAUGUGCGGCAGGUACCGGCGCUUCCACGUCGUGGGCCAGGGCAGCUUCGGCUGCUGCUGGCUUGUCGAGAGCGAGAGGCGGGAGAAAUGCAUCCUGAAGCAGAUUGACGUCUCCAGGAUGUCCCACCCGCAGCGGGAGGAGGCCGCGAACGAGGUGAGGGUCCUGUCGAGGCUCCGCCACCCGUUCAUCAUCGGCUACAAGGAGUCUUUCGUGGAGGAGGGGAUGCUCUGCAUUGUCACCGAGUACGCUGAGCAUGGCGACCUCUAUCGGUUCAUCCACGAUCGGAAGAUCCAGGGGCAGCUUCUUGAGGAGUCCCUCGUGAUGCGGUGGUUCACGCAGAUAGCGCUUGCUCUCAAGCACAUGCACGACCGCCGCAUACUCCAUCGCGAUCUCAAGACGCAGAACAUCUUCCUGGUCGGGCUCAGGGAGGGAAUUGCCAAAAUCGGAGACUUCGGCAUCGCACGGGUGCUUCAGCACACAAUGGAUUGUGCCUUGACUGCGAUCGGCACUCCCUACUACUUGUCCCCUGAGGUCUGCCAGGAGAAGCCAUACAACCAGAAGUCGGAUGUUUGGUCGUUGGGGUGUGUUCUGUACGAGCUCGCCACCCUGCAGCAUGCCUUCGACGCUGACUCGAUGCGCGGUCUCGUGAUGAAGAUACUGCGAGGCGUCCCCCCGCAGGUGCCGCUCAGCUUCAGCGCCGAGGUACGGGAACUGGUUCCAGAUAUGCUAGUCAAAGACCCUGGCGCGCGUCCGUCGAUCAAUCAGGUGCUGCAGCGCCCACUGGUCCGGCAAGUGAUUCGCCAGCUGCUCGAGGAGAUCGAGCAUAGGCCUGCUGCUUCAGCCAUGGGCCAGUCCGAGACUCUGGCGUCUGCAGCGGUGACGAGACUGCCGCAGGAGGCCACGCAGGCGCCGCCGCCCGCGGUGGCGACGGGGCCUGCGCAGGGCGCCCAGCAGGCAGGCUGCGACUCCGCCGUGCCGCUGGGGCGGCCUGCCGGGGAUCCGGCCCACGCGCUGGCCGCCUGGGGGCCCAGCGAGGCAGGGCCCCUUCCAGUGCUGGACCACACGAUGGAUGGCCGCCACCUCAAAGAGGAGCGCACUCUGGAGCCCAGCGGCUGGGCGCAGCCGGGUCCUCUGCAUCAGCUCGGGCAGAGCCAGCGGCAGCUUCGUGCCAGCGGCACGCCAGCCGCCGACCGCACGCAGCUGCCGGCGCCUCCGCCGCAGGGCGAGGGUGGACCGCGGUGGUCCCCACAGCUGGGCGCUUCGGCCGAGCGAGCCGAGGGCGUUGGGACCAGCAGGUGCGGCGCGGGCAACCCGCGGCGGACCCUGGGGGCCGCGGAGCUGCAGGGCGAGCAUGCUGCCACCGGCGCUCUCGAGGGCGCUCCUCAGGAGCGGUCGCCGCACGGGGGCGUCGCCGGGCCCGCCGCGAUCUGGAACGGACGGGGUCGAGGAGACGGCGGUGGCAUGGGACCGUGGGGCGCGGCCGUCGCGCCCGGAGGGGACCAUGCGGCACCCGGGCGAGCAGCCAGCGCUCCUGACGCGCCCCUGCAGCCACAGGACCACUGGGCGCUGCUGUCCACGACGCUCAGCGAGUUGGGCGGCUCUGGGCUUCUGCCGCCGCCGGGGGGGCCCGCGCGGGCCGUGCCCUGCGCCAUGGGCGAGGCCGGCCGAGCCGCGGCACUCCCCGGCAGCGCUGAGAACGCGGCCAGCAGCGGCAGCAGCGCGGGCACGAAGGCAACGAAGCUUGAGACCGAGCCCGAGCUAGCUGGAGCAGGAGGCCCUCCCUACGACUUCCGCGGGCCGGACGGCGCGCAGGUGGAGUUGCCUGUCGGGGAGAGGGACUCGCUCUGCUACCGCGUCGAGGCCCUCCGAGUCUACAUUGAGCGCGAGCUUGGCAUCGACGAUUUUCUCUACGCGUACCAGUACUUGAAUGAGAGCGUCCUCUCGGAGGGCGUGGUGGACAGGGGCACGCCUUUAGAGGAGGUGAUCUCCUCGAAAGCGAUCGGUUUCAUGCCGCUCAUCCACCAGCUCAUCGUGUGCGAGGACCAAUGCUUCGGACAGUGAGGGCUUCCGAUCUCGUGCGCGAGACUUGAACAGACGUCCAGAUUUGGGAGAGACGAG